CAAGAAACCAAGAACAGCAAACAAUCACACUCUCCACUCAAUCAGCAUAAUCACUGAUCAACCAAAAUGCCAGGCCCUAUACCAGGCCCAGGCCGCGGCAUCUUCUUCAUAAAGAAGAUGCUAACCCGUUCACACAAGCUCCUUCAGAAGAAGCUUGCGGGAUUCGCGGCGCAUACAGCUCCUCUCGGCCCGAGUCUUGCGCACGUUCUUGUUGAGCCACCGAAAUCGAGGGCUUAUCGUUUAGUUUACGAUCAUGUUCAGUCGCACGGAGGGAGGGGAUGGAGGUUCUUCACGAAUGCCAACUUCGCGGGACCUAAGACUCAGCCGAGGGGACCACAGGUUAAGUGGAAUCCAGGACAGACUUUCCGUUCGUCGUUGCGUCCCUCGAUUGGUGGUACGCUUCGUCGUGGGCCAUUUGCGUCGCACCCAACGUUGCCGGGGUGCAGUCCACGCUCCUUCCACUCCGGAAUCACGCAGCAAAUCGCAUCUUCGAUCUCUAUCGCCGCACGCACUGGCCUCCUCCGAGGUACGAAAGCUUAUUCUGAUGCGCAGUCAAAGGUUGGAGGAUUGUAUGAUGCCGUGAGCGCUGCUCGUGCGCAAAAGUCUGUUCUUGAGUUCCGUCUUCCGCAGAAUCUUUCCAUUCCGGCCAAGUCCACCCUUUCUCCCGCGUUGGUCAAGCUCAUCGUCGCACAGUGGAAUGAGUACGCUGAUGAGCAGGUUUCGCAUCUUACUGCGAUCUUGUCUGCGGAGUUCUACGAGUUUUCUCAUUCUACUGUCUUGGAGUUGCACGCCGCGCCUCGCUCUGUGGAGAUGGAGUUUGCACGGAUUCGUUCAUCGUUGAACAAGUUAAGCAACCUUGGAUCAUGGACAGUGAGGUAUGACCCAGCCAGGGGUACAUUGGGUAUUGAAUUCCCCGGAAUGGAUCCUGAUCACCUUGACAACUUCCUAAGGGACAUCGGCAUCGAGGCGGGCACCGUCGUCGUGCCCGAACAUACCCAGGAAAGCGCCUACGUCAACUGGGAAACUAUCUUCGCGGUCCCAGAAGAGGAGCCACCAGUGUCAAGCAUCGGCACAGAGACUGUAACUCGCGAACUCCUCCGUACGCCAGCGACCCUAGCUCCGAAAGCCUUCGAAGUCAACCCAUGGGCAGCUGAAGGCCUCGUCGUCGACGAAGUCCAGGAAAUGGAGGUGCAGGGUAGGUCAGAAGGUGGAAGGAGUAUAGUGUGGUUAAUCGCCGAGUUGGAAAGGGAAAUGGCGAGUAGGGCUGCGCAGGCCGUUGCUAAGCCGUUCUGA